AUGUCGGUCAAACUUGAUAAAGAACUUAAGCUUAAUGCGGAAAUAACGUUUGCUUCAUCCACUACGAAGGAAGUUUUAGAAACUCCUAAAUAUACAAGUACGUGUUGUGGACAUGAAGAAAAGUCGGUGAUGUUUAUAGGGUGCAUAAAACAGAUUAAACCGGAAGGACUUGAAAAGUGGCUGAGAGAAGUUACACCAGUUGCAUAUGGACACCUGCACUUUAACUCCUAUCAAGAAUCAAGCGCGUUCUACAAUCUAAUGAAAGACGUCGUCAAAGAUGGGCCAUACGGUGAAAUCCGAUUCAUUGCGUCGCAAUAUUUCUCAACUAAAAUACAAGUAGUUUAUAUGAAGAAUACAUUUACUAGUAGUGAAGGCAGAAAAAGAAAACUAAUCGAAAUUGAGAACAAUGAAAACAACAGGCAACCUUUAAACCUUCCAUAUGAUCUUUAUGAAACCGAACAAGAGUUUAUUAUUGUCAUAGACACUCCGAGUGUUAAAAAUAAGGGUGAAAUUUCAAUCUCCGUCCGAAAAGAUCAUAUCAUCAAUAUCAAAGGAAAUAUCUCUCGUGAUACUAUUCCUGGAAAACAGCUUGAGAGUCAAAAUCCACUUCCCUUUGGAAAAUUCGACGUCAAAGUUAAUUUACCGACAAAUAUUGACUCCGAGGAGUCAACAGACGUAAUCGUUGAAGCUGGUGUAACCACAAUAAUGAUAAAAAAGGAAGUUGUAAUGAAUUUGAGGAUAUCGUAA